AUGGACCUAGACCAUUACCAUUUUUUGGCAAUAUUUUAGACCUAUUAAAAGGAAUAUAUGAAAUACCUUGGUAUAAAAAAUAUGGCAAAUCUGGAAUCUAUGGUAUAUUUGAAUUCGACACACCGGUGCUUACUGUAUGCGAUUAUCGAUUAGCCAAUCGUGUACUAAUCAAACAUUUCGAUAGUUUUAAUCGUAUGGAUUUGAAGUAUCCUGAUGAAAUGAUUAGGGUUGGCAGUUUUUUCAAUCAAAAUAUUAAACGUUGGAAACAAGUCCGCAACAAAUCGAUGAUAUUGUUGACCACUAGCCGUAUGCGCCGUAUGUACGAUCAGGUUAUCGUUAGAUGUUCGGCUAAUUUGGUCAAACAUUUUGCCGAAAACAUUGGUUACAAUGGCGGCCAACAGUUUGCCGUCAAAGCCGAAAUGGCCAGAUUUAAUUUCGAUAUAUUUUUGGGUACAGCAUUUUCGUUGGACAGCCAUAUGGGCAAUCAGUCAGAUCCUGGACAGUAUCGCCAGUACUGGUCAAUGAUGUCGGCCGGUGUCCGAUUGGAAGCCGAAAUAAUAUGGCGCGAAAUGAAUGUCCGAAUGCCCUGGUAUUGCCAAUCAGUGGCCAACUGGUGGACGGGUAGCGAUUUGGUUAAAUCGCUGGCCGAUGUUAAAGACCUGAUUAGCCGCUAUCUUGUCCAGAGACUAGAAAAUCGGGAAACAAUCGGCGAUAAGUAUAGCACCAAUAAAUCGGACGAUAUUGUCGAUGUUUAUCUAAAAUCGAUUGAUCAAAAUGUUAGCCUAUCGGAUCCGAUAAGCAUCGAAAUGAUGUCCUACUAUCUGGUCGUCCAGUUUCUCGGCCUAUUCGGCAGUAUUAACGACACGCUAAGCGAACUGGUCGUCCAUUUGGCCGGUUAUCCGGAGGUACAGAAAAAAAUCUAUAAAGAAAUAGCCGAAGCAUUAGAUGAUUAUGAAAACAGUGAACAACUGGUGGACGACAACAAUCCUAACACGGGUUGUUUGGAUAGUAGUCUCGGGCGACUACAUAAGCUAUCGUACGAUACCUUAAUACACUUGCCAUACAUGGAUGCGGCGAUCAAAGAGUUUUUUCGUACAAACAGUUUUGUACGGCUGUCCCGUGUGUUUGUUGGCGGCGGCGGCGGUAAUACUAGUGAUACGGAAGCGGGAAAAUGUAUACCAGGUAUCCAAUUGCGGCCAAACGAUCGUAUAGAUGUCCAAAUAUCGGCCAUACAUAUGUCCGAUGAACUAUUUGACCAGCCGGCCGUCUAUAAUCCCGAUCGUUUUCUAGAUCCGGCUAAUCAGGCAAAAUGGUCCCAAUUGGAUGCCAAUUCAUUACUAAAUUUUGGUCUCGGGCCACAAAUGUGUGUCGGCUCGCGGCUGGCAAUGCUAGUAAUUAAGUCGUUGUUGGCGCACAUGAUCUAUAACUAUGAACUAUGUUUGCCCCAAUCGGGCGAUCCGUAUCGACCGAAACGACCAGAAUUACCCGAUAUACCCAAUAGAUUCUAUCAUUUGAAAUGUUGUAUUAAAUCCAGGAAAUAAAGAGUAAUUUUUU